GUCAAUGGGAUCAACGUGGAGGGCAUGAAGCAUUCCGAGGUUGUGGCCCACAUCAAAUCCAAGGAGGGCGAAGCCAAGUUACUGGUGGUGGACCCCGAGACAGACGACCACUUCAAGAAACUGGGCAUUGUUCCUACCGAGGAGCACGCCAGAGGUGGAGUUCCUCAGCCUAUGACCAAUGGGUCGGCACAAACACAGCUGAACGGUGGAUCCGUGUCUUCGUCCCACAGCGAUUGCCAAAGUCCUGAGAAAGAAUCGGAGGUGGGAGAACCCGGCAGAAAGGAUCCUUUCGAAGAGAGCGGCCUGGACUUGAGUCCGACGGCAGCGGAAGCCAAAGAGAAAGUGCGGGCCAAGCGGGUCAACAAGAGGGCCCCGCAGAUGGACUGGAACAAGAAGCGGGAGAUCUUCAGCAACUUCUGAGCCCCCCCCGCCCCCCCGCCAUCCACCCAGG